GUCUCGGGCGACUAGGAGCCGUCGAGAUUCCAUUCUUUCCGACGAAUUUCUUCUAAUGGCCUUGGCAACUGCUUGUGGUGAAUUACCGUCAUCUUCACAUAUUGUUUUUCUUCGGUUUUUUAAUCAAACGAUCGAUUCCAUCAAGCUAAGUGUUACUCAGAUCUUUUCCAGCAUUUUCUGCUGUGAAUCCAACGUAGAUCCUUGUGUAAGGCUUCUUGUUGGUUUUUAUUCUAUAAUUUGUGGAUGUGGAAAUAUGGAUGCACUGGUAGGGAUGAGGGUCCACUUACAGCUAUUGGAGAGCUUGUGAAGAACGUUGGUGAUCACUAUUAAAUGAGAACUCAUGAUUGGUUUUCAAGAAAGAAGGAUUGUGAUGACAAAGGUGAUCCAGAGGCAGUGUUCAAUGUAUUGGAUUCAAUGCUGAAGGAUAGUUUGGAGCGGUUGAAAAAUAUGAGGGAAAGCAUACCUUUAGAAAAUGUGGGUUUUGACAGUUGCACCCUAGAAGCUGUUAAUUCUAGACAUGCAACCUUAUUUGGGUGUUUGUGUUCGGAGGGAAAAUGGAAAACAGCUCUAUGGUUGAGGAGGAAACUGAUACAGAAAGGAGCUGUUCUAGAUGUUUUUGCACACAAUCUUCUUCUUAAUGGGCUGUGCAAAAUACGUGACAUGGAGAGGCCAGAUUGUCUUAUUAGAGAGAUGUUAGAAAUGGGUCCACCCCCAAACUUGGUGACCUAUAACACUUUUAUCAAGGCUCACUGCCUUAAAAAUAAUGUGGAUAAAGCUCUUUAUCUUUUCUCCACUAUGGCUACUGAUGGAAUUAGACCAAAUAGAGUUACGUGUAACACACUUGUGCAUGCGCUGUGCAAGAAAGGUCUUGUGGAUGAUGCUAAGAAGCUUCUCUGUGAAACACUAAGUGAUGACAAGGAAAAGACAAAUUCAGAUUUAAUUACUUCAACUAUACUUAUGGAUUGUUAUUUUAGGAGUGGGGACACAGUUCAAGCUCUUGGUUUUUGGGAUCAGAUGCUUCACAAGAAUAUUCAAAUUGAUCUGGUUGCCUAUAAUGUCCUUAUCCAUGGAUUAUGUUUGGGUCAGCACAUCAAUGUUGCUUAUGGAAACUUUGCUGAAAUACUUAAAAGAGGUUUCAUUCCUGAUUGUUUCACUUUUAAUACUCUUAUAAGUGCACUUUGCAAAGAAGGAAAAGUUGAGGAGGCUUGCCACAUCCAUGAUGUUAUGUUAAAAAUGGGAGUUGCUCCAGAUAAGAUAUCUUACAAAAUGAUUAUUCAAGGUCUCUGCUUUCGUGGAGAUCUUGUGAAAGCUAUUGAAUUUCUUAACUGUCUGUUAGAGAAGUCACUGAUGCCAGAGCCUCUUAUAUGGAACCUCAUAAUUGAUGGUUAUGGAAGAUGUGGGGAUCUUGGUAAUGCACUUUCUGUGAAUAAUCAUAUGCUAUCACUCGGUGUUGCACCAAAUGUAUUUACUUUUAAUGCAUUGAUUCUUGCACAAAUAAAGGGUGGAAACAAUGUCAGGGCAUAUUCUCUUAAAAAGGAGAUGCUUUUAAAUGGUCUUUUCCCAGAUUUAGUUACCUACAACAUGUUGAUCAGUGCUGCGUGUAUCUCAGGACAUAUUGCUUUUGCACUUGACUUAUAUGAUGAAAUGCUGAGAAAAGGAAUUGAACCAGAUAUAAUUACUUACACUGAACUAAUUAGAGGAUACUGUAUGAGAGGGAAUGUGAAGGAGGCAGAAAAGCUUUCGACCAAGAUGCGAAGAUCUGGUUCACAAAUUGAUCAUGUUCCAUGUAAGAUACUUAUCAAGAAGUACUGCCACUUGGGAGAGCAUGACAUGGCAUUUCAUCUAUACCAAAAUUGGUUAAUGAGGGAAAAAUGAGCCUGUCCUCUCUAAUAGGCUUAUCAUGCACUGGAAAUAGCUCAAUGGAAAAAACUAUGCCAGGUCUGCCUUGCAAGCCAUUGUCAUUCAAUUCUAAGUUUUGAACGACAAUAGAAGCUUUGUGCAUUUGGUAUAUGGAGACUGAAUUUUCAUAUGGCCAAGCUGGAGGUAUCCUUACUAGUGAUUCUUUCAUAGAAUUUGAGCUUGUGGACCCAUCACCAUAUGCCUAAUCACUCACAGCACAUGAACAUAUCCCUUUACAUUUUGUCAAUUCAGGGUUUUCUUCCUGUGUUAUGUUGUGUAAUCAAGCAGUUUCAGGUUCUUGGCAGGAGCUGAGUGCUCUGCCCACACUCAGAUCAGAGCAUGCCAACUAGAGUACACACAUCUUUAUGAGGUAGGUAGUGAAGAACUAAGCUUCACACUCGGCUGAUGAUUUGGAGCUUUGGUUGCAUUGAAAGAGAGCACUGAUUAGAGUGAUGAGAAGCUGAAUGCUUGCUCACUUCUUCCCGAGAGAAGACUAUUGAAAACCACAUUUCAUCCUUUGGUUAUGAGACUGCUAAGGUAUCACCUGAAUUUCAACUCCAUUUAUUCUGCCUUAGAAGUUACUUUACAAUAAUAUGUUCUUCAUGGAAUUCAAUUGGCGUCUCUCCAGAAUGAAAACUGUUGUACGUGUAUCACAAAUGAAAGCUGAAAGGACUAUUGAAAACAACCAGCACCAGGUUUCAUUCCUCUUCGUUUUUGUUGAAUAGCUUGUUUUUCAUUUCAACAACAUAUAAAUUAAUUAGUAACAUAGCUUUUGGAAACUAAUCAUUGUAAUAAUUUGUUCUCUCUAAUAACUCCAAAUGCUAACUCUCAGGUUCCCGGCGAAGAAAAUCACUUAGCAGUA